GUCGACGGAGGUUCAUGAACGCGUGUGAAAAACAGUUAAAAUCGGUGUAAAAUGGUGUCAAUAGAAACAAUUCGUGAACAAUUUGACGAACUGGGCAUCGAACCAUCGGAUGAAGUAGUAAAUAAAUGUAUUGAAAUAUGCAUCAACAACAAUAUUACCGAUCCGGUCGAGUUUGUAGAACAAUGGAUGGCGUACAGCGUGUCCAAACUGAGUGGUGCCGAACCAACGGUAGCCUAUCUCAACGAGAUGGAAGCUCACGAAUACACAAGCAAAGCGCGGAAAGCUUCAAAACUAUCGGGAAUUGUGGCAGCUGCUGGGAACAUUGGAGCGUCUCCUCGGAUGGACACAAAAGUUACCAAAAUAACGACGUACCGGAACGUGGAUUCUGUUGUUGAGCAGGAUGUACUGGAAAUGUAUGGCUGCGUUACACCAAAGAACAAAAAAUCUGUAUCACGCUCACUACACAAUGUGAACACCUCAGAUAGUGUCCGUGGCGCUGGAAGUCCAUUCACAACCGUCACCUACUCUCCAAUAUCUGCUGCCGCGGCCAAGAAGAAUGAUCCAAACGUACCGAGCAAAGCUGGCCAGGUCGUGUACACUUAUGGCAAUGCGAAGCUGUUGAAACAAUUCAAUUGGUUACCAACCACCACGACCACAGUCGAUGGCGAAAGCAGCAGCAAGAAUGACGAUUCCGUCUCGAUCGACGAUCAUGCACGAAACAACCGGCGGACUGCUGGUAGUGGUCCACCAGGUCGUCGUGGGACAGGAGUAAGCUUCACCAUGAAAGCGACUCAGUUUGCUAACGAUGGCUGCAAGUAUAUGUUUGACUCGAGCUACGAUCGGGUCAUGAUCCUCGGCGAUCGCAUCUACGAAUGUGGCAAUGCGAUAUGUAAUCGGUUGGCACUGGACGCGAAGCAAUCCAGGCAGAAACAACAGCAGCUAAUGCGAGAAAAAGCUGAUUCCCUCAACAAUCAAACAGAUUCGACAGCUGUGGAUGUGCCGCUUACCGUGAAAAAGGAACCAACGGAGGAGGUGGAAGAGGAGGUAGAGCAGCACGACGACGAGAAUGCGGUAAAUGUGAUGGAUGAAGAGAAAUAUUGUAGCUGGUUCGAUGGCGUCAAGGUACACCAUGUAGACUAUCCUAGCUCGGAACCGAUCCGUGUGCUGGGAAGGAUCGUUGCCGAAUCAUCACUUACUGACACUAGCAGUGCAGCAAGCAUUGCAAACGGAACUGCUUCUUCGGACAAUGAUGCCACAUCGUCUAAGCGAAAUCUGGCGAAUGCUAGCAAAUUAUCGAUCGUGGAUUACGAUGAGCAUACGCUGCGUUACACCCGUCUCGAUUUGAGCAGAGUGCAGGCCCCUCCUGGAUGGUCACUUUUCCCCGGACAGGCCGUACUGCUGGAGGGCGUGAAUCCACGCGGCAUAUUGUUUACAGUGAACCAAAUACACUGCGAACGAACACUUGCAUUUCCGCGUGCGCCCGCUAGCCUGGACAAAACCCUUACGAUUGUGAUCGCGAGCGCUCCAUUUACGGAUAGCGACGAUCUACUCUAUGAGAAGCUUUCGAGUCUGCUACUCUACUGCAAUAACAAUCCACCCGAUGUGCUGAUCCUAACCGGUCCGUUUGCCGAUGCCAACUGCAAGCUGUACGCCGAUGUUGCCGAAACUUUUGACGAAUAUUUCGAAAAGAUUGUCGCAACGAUCAUGAACUCGAUCGGUGAACAGACGCAGGUGUUUAUUGUCGCUAAUCACAACGAUUUGGUGAGUGCCUGCGUAUACCCCACACCACCCUACAAAGUGGCAAGUUUUUACAAGAAUUUGCACUUCCUGCCCGAUCCGUGCGUGUUCAGCGUGGAGGGUUUGGAAAUUGCAACUACAACGGUGGACAUCAUAAAACAGCUAAUCGAUAGUGAAUGUACGGCUGCCCAUAUACCGAUGGCAGGAGGAGGAUCUGCAGCAGCUGCUCCUCUUGUUGGAGGUGAUAAAAUCAAGCGGGCUUACAGUCACCUCUUUCAUCAGACGUCGUUCUAUCCAUUGAAUCCACCUCCGGAGGAUGUGCCGCUGGAUGUGGAUAUGCUAAACGAGUUUGGCCGUUUGCAACGGGUACCGAAUGUAAUGAUAUGUCCGAGCGCCUUGAACCGAUACGUGCGGGAAAUAAAUGGUUGUGUCUGCAUAAACCCUGGUUUUGUCGAUGGCCACUCGGCAGACGGUUCCUAUGCACGAUUGGUCAUUCAACCGCCAGAAACGAACGAUGCCACAUUUAAUGCUACACCAGCGAGUUACAUUGCUUGCCAAAUUGUGAAAACGUGA